ACCAAAGUAAGACAGAAUGACUUGCUUAAUAUCAUUGUUUAUCUUUUGCUGAUCUUAUAUGCAGCUCGUGUUAAGUGCAGUUUGCCUUAACCAGAGAAUGUGUCUGAUGAUCUGAAGGCCCAACGUAUUUCUUACUCCACCCAUUCAGCUGCAAUCCGAAUUGAAUGAGACUGUGUCCAAAUCAUGGCUGUUAUUAGAUGUUGCAAACGACAGUUCGAUUUGAAUCUCAUAACAGUCGAGCCAGUUCUAUUUCUUUACAUGAUCGGGUCCUUUCUGACAAACCCAACCUUCCAGGCCUUUGUGUAUAACAAGGUCUGCAUUGACAAAUACAACGAGACUCUCUGUGGCAGCCUGCGCAACAAGACGUUCCAAGAGGACCACAAAACAGAAGAGGAUUAUGUCCAGUCUGAGACGUCCUACUGGAUCUUAAAGAAAAACAUUGUGGAACGUAUACCGGCAUGUUUGAUUGUAGUGUUUAUCCUCGGAUCCUGGGGUGACAAAGUGGGACGGAAACUACCUGUGAUUUUACCCAGCGUGGGGACAACGUUGUCUUACAUUGUGUAUAUGAUUCUGUCAAUUUAUCCUUCAAGUAAAGUGGAGUAUGUGAUGAUUGCUGCGGCACUGAAUGGUCUGUCUGGGGGAUUCACGGCUCUGAUAAUGGCUGUGUACAGCUACGUGACGCACACUGCUGAUCCAGCCAAUAGAACUACGCGAUUGGGAAUCCUGGAGGCUGUUAUCUUCCUAGCUGGAACUCUAGGGGUCUUCAUAUCUGGAGUCAUGCUGGACAAUACAAGUUUUACAUUCGUCUUCGCCUUCAUGUGUGGGUGUACCUUUUUAGGAAUGGUAUACGCUGUCAUACGUCUGGAGAACCUAACGGCCAGCACAACCAGACCCGAGAGUGAAAGUGUCUGCACAUACUGGUUUCUGGGAUCUGCCAAGGAGUCUGCUCGUUGUGUGAUGAAGAAGAGGCAAGAGAAGAGAACUCUCUACAUAUUCCUACUGCUCAUUAUCUUCAUAAUCCUUAUUAUCGCAACAGUGUGUGAAGGGGACGUCCUCCUCCUGUACACAAGGCGAGCUCCACUCAGCUGGUCACAGACAACGUUGGGUUACUAUCAGGGCCUGGAGAACUUCCUUCGUAGUUUAAUGCUGGUGACAGUUCUUCCUCUGUGUAGGAAGAUGAGGAACACCACUAUAGCAAUCUGGGGCUUGACGUCCAAAAUCAUCGGUCUGGUGGUAUUGGGACUCAGCAAACGGACAUGGCAAGUCUUUCUAGUGUCAGUGAUUUCCAUGUUUCAAGGCUUUCCACUGGCUGUUCUUCGGUCAAUCAUGACAAAUCUGGUCAGGCCGGAUGAACAUGGGCGCAUGUUUGGACUCGCGGCUGCAGUGGAUGGCAUGGGUGGGUUGAUGGCAUCUGUGAUUUUCAAUGCUCUCUACCCAGAAACCCUUGAUUUCUUCCCUGGCUUAUGCUUCAUGCUGGCUGCUGGUCUGUGUGGCGUCGCUACAGGGAUUAUGCUGUGGCUUCAUUUUGUUCUGAAAAGACAGGUGCUGGAUGAUGCUAUGAUUACCAAAAACGUGACAGUAAACACAGGUGACAUUAGCAAAGAGGACAUUCAGGUGGACACUGCGACGACUCACUUGUAAAACAAAAUCAUUAGUCACAACUCGGGUAGAUGUAGAUCUUUUGCCUUCAUAAUACAAAUAGUUCAAACGGAUCAUAUUAAUUAAUAUGUUCGAGAGAUACACAAUACUCCAGAUAGAUCAGGUUCUAGUAUUAACAUACUGGAUAAAGGAGACAAACCAAAUUUUAUAUAUUUUACAGGAACCGUUGGGGCGGGGAAGGGGGAGGUCUGGGAAGGCCUGGACUUUUAGGAUUUUGGGACCACAUUUCUUCUAAUUACAGGUAUAUUGUGUUUAGGAUUAAUAGUUUGUAUUUGAUUUAAAUUGUCAUAAAACUUAGAUACACAUUUUUAUCUUAAGGCCAAGGUGAAUGGCAAACAUUAUCCCCCAAACCCUCAGUUAAUCCCAAACUCGACUCAUUCCUUAGAGUUUUUAGAUGAGAUGUGAAGAAUUCAUCUGGUCCAAAACAGGAAUACUUUCAAAAUGAUGACGUGAAAUUGGUAUUGCACAAUUAAAGUUAUUGUAAUAAAAAACGCCUUUGAUAUUUCA